AUGUGCGCGGCGGUGUGGGGCUGCCGCGUCACGGCGGGGGGCGACGAGGACUACGACAGCGACGAUGCGGACUGCUGGGAUAUCGGCGUGGCGUGCCGGGGGACGCAGCAGCUGGAUCAGGUGCCGCCAGCAGACAAGAAAGAUGCAUUUCAGAAAGCUCUGACAAGUGGUGAUGUGUUGCUUAUUGAAGAACUCUUAAACUCAGGGUUAAACAUAGAAGCUAGCAUUCGGUUUGGAUGGACUCCCCUGAUGCAUGCUGCCAGUGUGGCUGAUGAUGCAGUAGUACGUCUUCUUCUGGACAGAGGUGCUAAUGCGUGUUUUGAAAUAGAUAAGUACACGGUGCUCAUGGCAGCCUGUGCUGCUGAUGCUUCAGAGAAAAAGAUCUUGAAGACCGUAGAACUACUUCUGUCAAGGAAUGUUGACCCUAACCUUGCUUGCAGGAAACAAAUGACUCCACUGAUGUAUGCAGCUAGAAAAGGCUGUCCUCAUGUUGUUAGUCUUCUUGUUGCUCAUGGAUCACACAUAAAUGCUCAAGAUGAAAAUGGAUAUUCAGCAUUAAUAUGGGCAGCACACCAUGGACAUAAAAAUGUAGUCUUUAUGUUGCUUGAGCUUGGAGCUGACAAAAAUCUACAGACUAAGGAUAAGAAAACAGCAGCAGAGAUAGCAAAAAUCAAUGAACAUUCAGAGAUUUAUAGUUUACUCUCUUUGACUGUAAAUCACUUGCAAGGGAAAUACUGUGGGACAGUGAAGCAAGAGACUAUGUACAAAUUUCUGACAGCUGCCUCUGACCACAGUGUUAGUUCCUGUUCAACUUUAGAUGCCAUGGAAGUGUUUUUACAUGGUAUUGGUCUAGAACACAUAAUAGGAUUAUUGAAGGACAGAGAUGUAUACUUAUGGCAGCUUCUGACCAUGCAAAAAGAAGAGAUGAUAAAGAUAGGUAUUACAAAUCCUGUAGAUCAACAGAAACUCCUAGAUGCCAUUAAUGAGCUGCAAGUGGAAGACACAAGAUUUAGAGACCUUUCUGAAUUAGCAAAUCUGGAAGUCAGUGGAGAUGAAUGCCUCAAGUUUCUUCAGAAGUUAAAUAAAGAGUGUAGCAACCUGACUGUUCCUGUGCAGACCAUAAAUAAACACUUCCUCGAAAAUUCUCACAAGAUGGUACUGCGGUGGGCACCAACCGAAAGAUAUAUUGAAGUUUGCAGAGACUUGAUUUGCAAUGUUGAAAAGUUGGGAGAAGAAGUUAAGAGGCUGAACGAACUUGUGGCAAAGAAAGAAGAGCAGAGGAGUGACCUCAGCCUAGUGGUGUUUCCAGAAAAAUCACUCACCUUGGAAAAAAGAUUGGUAAAAAUGGGAGCAGUAACGUUGCUUGGGUUUGGCUUUUUCUUUAUUAUAACUAAGUUAGCGGUAAAGAAAAGCUGACUCUUUCAGUUCUGUGAAUAACUUGUGCUCAGUGUAUGUAGCAGAGCUGAAUUCACGUGAAAAUUUGUGUAGUUUCAUCAUAUCUGUCACAUCUACGUUUGGUUCUUACAUUGAUCUAGCUGUAAAAUGAUUGAACAAAAUCUGUUUGCAUUAACGUAUCUUAAUGCUUUAGAUUCAAAGUUAUUUCUGGUAUAGACUAUAAGUACAAAAUCUUAUCAGAGCUGUGGGUUUUUUUGUUGUUUUUUUUUUU